AAAGCCGGUAAAACAGGAUGGUUUCUGUCAAAAUGGCUGAGUAUUCGUGGAUGGUUAAAUUGCGAAUGGUGAAAGAAAUUAAUUAAUUGUGCGAAUCGAUUAUUUGGAGGCCGCGUGCAACGCGUGGAUUGAUUUUCCUGGAGACAUGUUGUCGUCCGGUAAACGCAGCUUAUCUAAAGAGGACAUCAGAACUGCGAAUAAAGAUGAGAGAGAGACGCUAUUGGAACAUGACAGUGAUUGCGACGAGGAAAUGUUAUUUACUCGGCCGAGUACGUCAAAUGGGGAUGAAAGAGUCGACAAUAAAAUGGAUAGCGUCAAGCUGCAAAUUGAAGAGGUGACAGACAAUGCGGGAUAAUGUUCACAAGUGAUGGACCGCGGCGAGAGGCUGGAGGAUCUACAGGAGGCGAGUGAUCGUUUGAAUAUGGCUGGUAACGAGUUUAGAGAAGCGGCGAGAAGAGCACAACGAAAAGCGUGGCUACAGAAUGUCAAAUCGAGGAUCAUUAUUAUCAGCAUCACUAUGACAAUCGUGCUUUUCAUUGUUGUUUGGACAUCAUGGUGCUUUACCUGGUUCUCAGAUAGCGAGCACGAAGUUUUGAGCCCGAUCAUUCUCUGUAAGUAUCCAUCGUCGUGAAGUAUACAUAAACGUGAUGCCUAGACCUGAGGGACCGUCAAUCUAUUAUCUACAUCGUUGUAUAUAAAUAUUUUCUUCCUAUAAAUUAAUUAUAUGUAUAUUUAUAUUUAACAUAAUAAUCUGUAUAAAUAUAUCUUCUACUAUUUUUGUGUAAA